CACUUGAUUUUUAUUUUUAUUUUUUUAUAGUUAAAAUUUCAAUUUUUUUUUAAAAAAUAAAUAAUUUUAGUGAAAGUUUCAUCAAUUUUUAAAUAGUGACCCACUAUCUCAAAAUUCUGGAUCCGCUACUGCAGGCAGCUGGCGGUCGCCCAGGUGACGGUGGUUUUGACGGCCAGAGAUGACGGUGGUUUUGACGGUGGUUUUGACGGUGGUUUUGACGGUGGUUUUGGCGGUCGCCCAGGUGACGGUGGUUUUGACGGCCACCUCAAAAAUUCAUAGCUUAGACCUCUCAAAUGUGGUGUUCCAUCAAGUGGAUGUCACAGAUAUUGAUAGCAUCACUUCAUUGGUUCAUUUCAUUGAGGCUGAGUUUGGGAGAUUAGAUAUCUUGUCUGCUAUGAGUAAAUCACUGUAUGUGAAUAAUGCAGGUGCUUCUGGGAUGGAGGUUGACGAUGAAGGAUUAAGAGCCUUAAAUAUUGAUGCAGCCACCUGGAAAUCUGGAAAAGCAGCAAACUUGGUUAAAGGGGUGAUGAGAAGCACAUAUGAAAAAGCAGAAAACACAAAUUACUACGACACGAAAAGAGUAGCUGAAGCUUUGCUUCCAUUGUUAAAGCUCUCAAGUAUCGGUGCAAGGAUUGUGAAUGUCUCCUCUCUUAGAGGAGAAUUGUGGAGAAUUCCAAAUGAUGAGAUUAGAAGUGAGUUUAGUGAUAUAGAGAAGCUAACAGAAGGCAGGAUUGAUGAGUUACUGCAAAAGUUUAAGAAAGAUGUGAAACAAGAAGCAUUGGUAGAGAAUGGAUGGCCCUUGAUGCUGCCUGCAUAUGGUAUUUCCAAGACAGCACUUAACGCGUACACCAGACUUCUGGCUAGGAAAUACCCUCAAAUGUACAUAAACUGUGUUCAUCCUGGAUACGUUAAUACAGAUUUACCCUGGCAUACAGGACCUAUGACUCCAGAAGACGGAGCCAAAGCACCACUCAGAUUGGCCCUCUUAUCUCAACCCGGACCUACAGGCUGCUACUUCGACCAGAUGGAAGUAGCUAACUUCUGACUCCAUCUAACCACAAUCGGAUUCAUAUUCUCAUGUUCUUACUUGUUUCUGUCAGUUGCAUUGUCAUUAAUUCAGUUGGCGACAUCUCUGUUCUUCAGGUACUCUCUUAAAUUCUACUAAGUAAUAACUUUAUACCCGCCUUACAA